UCUACAAUUUAAAAAUAUAAAACUAAGUACAUUUGAGUGCAUUGUAUUUAAAUAAAAUAUUUUUUAUUUUAUUUAGACUUUCAAUCACUCAACCUCAAACUUGCAGUUAAUUUAUUCAUUCUGUGUAAUUUAAUUUCUGCUCAGAUGAUAGCUGCAGACAACGUUGAUAGGCUGCCAGAGAAUGAUCCCCUCGAGAAAUGGAGUUUUAAAAAUAUUCUCGAGAUAUUUUACUGUUGAAAGUUCUCUACAGCCUAAAGUAUCACGAAUUCAACAAUUGAGAGAACGGUUGGAGCAAGAUAAGAAACAUGAAAUUCUGACAGAUUCAUUUGGACGUCAUCAUACUUAUCUAAGAAUUUCAUUGACUGAAAAAUGCAAUUUACGUUGUCUGUACUGCAUGCCAGCAGAAGGUGUCAAACUCACAAAAAAUGAUAAAAUUUUAACAACUGAUGAAAUAAUGAGAUUAGCAAGGUUGUUUGUAAAAAAUGGAGUCACAAAAAUUAGACUAACUGGUGGAGAGCCGACUGUUCGUAAAGAUAUCGUUGAUAUUGUUGCUCAAUUAAAAAGUAUCAAAGACUUAGAAAGUGUAGGAAUGACAACAAAUGGAUUAACAUUAACGCGUCAACUACCAGCGUUGCAAAGAGCUGGUCUGGAUGCUUUGAAUAUUUCUCUUGAUAGUCUUAGGAAAGAUAGGUUUGAAAAAUUCACCCGCAGACAAGGGUUCAAUCGUGUUCUAGCUUCUAUUGAUAUAUCGGUCCAAUUAAAAUAUAACCCGGUCAAGAUAAAUUGUGUGAUGAUGCGCGGCUUUAAUGAUGAUGAAUUGAUAGACUUUGUUAAAUUAACAAAAGACAGACCUAUUGAUGUAAGAUUCAUCGAAUACAUGCCAUUUUCUGGUAAUAAUUGGGAUGAAGCUAAAAUGCUGUCGUUUGAAGAAAUGAAGUCUAUAAUUAAAAAAGAGUUUUCUGAUUUUCAACAAUUAGAAACACCGCCAAAUUCAACUUCAAAGGCUUACUGUGUACCUGGAUUCGUUGGACAAGUUGGUUUUAUAACUUCAAUGAGUCAGCAUUUCUGUUAUUCAUGCAAUAGAUUACGAAUUACCGCUGAUGGUAAUAUUAAAGUCUGUCUAUUUGAAGGAAGAAGUGAAAUAUCGCUUCGCGACGCGAUGAGAAACGGAGCUUCUGACGAUGAUUUAGAAAGUAUAAUUGGAGGUGCUGUUUGGAAGAAGAAAAAACAGCAUGCGGGUCCGUCGCAGCUACGAGAAAUAUUAAAAGAUUACAUCUUCGGAACUCGUCACCUCUUAACUCAUCAAAGAAAAUUAAAUAUAAGACAAUAUUCUUCACUGACGCACGUAGAUAGCUCGGGCAAGGCAGCGAUGGUCGAUGUUUCCAGCAAAGAGUCAAGCAACCGUUUUGCGCAAGCAAGAGCACUCGUACGAGUCGGUCCAGUUGUCUCCAGACUCAUCGCUGAUAAUAAUAUCAAAAAGGGAGACGUUCUACUUGUUGCUCAGCUUGCAGGAAUAAUUGGAGCGAAGAAAACCUCUGAGUUGAUACCACUGUGCCAUCCUUUGGCGCUCAAUAAUGUUAAAGUUAGUCUGAAGCUCAAUGAAGUGGAGCAUAAAGUUGAAAUCACUACAGAAGUCAGGUGCACUGGAAAGACAGGGGUGGAAAUGGAAGCUCUGACUGCUGCUAGUGUCGCUGCUUUGACUAUUUAUGACAUGUGUAAGUCAGCUGCUACGCCUGAAGAGCUAGAAAUUUGUAAAAUAGAAUUGCUCGCUAAAACUGGCGGUAAAAGUAAUUAUUUUAGGGAUAGUUAGAUUAAGUGAUCAAUAAGUCUUCCGGUAUUUUUAAGUACAUU